GCAUGUGCCCACGGCGCAGUGUGCCGGCUGUACGCAGGCGCGGCGCCGCUGCUGUGGGAGAGCGGGGCAGCGGGAUUGGGAUUGGAUUUGGAUUUGGACUGUGAGGGAGACGGGCCGGGGUCGUGCUGAGCCCCGCGAUGGAGCGGGGCGAGUCCGAGGCCGCGGUACACUACCCGGCUGACACAAUAUGCACCGCCACCCGCAUGUGACACGGCGGCCAACAAGAAAUGGCGGCAGAACGGCGGCCAACGCUCCUCAGCUUCGGCCUGCUCUUCGGCACCGCUGGUUUAUUCUUCCUGGGAGGAGCAGAAUGUUCCGGAAUGGCUGCCUGUCACGGGAAACUCGAGCCUCGCAAAGAAGAGCGCGGAGUCAUCUCCAGCCCCUCCUGGCCCACCAGCUACCCCCCCGCCAUUAAUUGCAGCUGGUACAUCCAGGGUAACUAUGGAGAUAUCAUCACCAUCAGUUUUCAGAACUUCGACUUGGAGAGUUCGCACAAGUGCUCAGUGGACUGGCUGAUAAUCGGCCCAGCCUCAGAUCGAGAGGAGCACCGACUGUGUGGCUCCCACAUUCCUCAGCCCUUCAUCUCCACUCGGGACCACGUCUGGAUCUCCUUCCAUUCCGACCGCUCCAGCUCCGGGCAUGCCCGUGGAUUCCGGCUCUCUUACGUCCGAGGGAAGUUGUCACAGGACCAGUGCAAGUCUGACGAGUUUUUGUGCCGGAACGGCAAGUGUAUCCUCAGCGCCUGGCGUUGCAACUGGAUGUACGAGUGUGGAGAUGGCUCCGACGAGCAGGAGUGCCAGCUGCCCCCUACCCCGACUGCACCACUCGCCUGCCCUGAUGGGAUGUUCUGGUGCACGGUCAGGGGAAGGGCACGGUGCCUCCUGGUUGAAGCGCGGUGUGACAGCAGCCAGGACUGUGACGAGGGGGUAGACGAAGCGAACUGCCCCGACAUCAGCUGCGGCAAGAGACUGGGCAAUUUCUACGGGUCGUUUGCCUCCCCGGACUUCCUGCGCUGGCAGCGGGAUGGGGCGGCACUGGACUGCACGUGGGUGGUGGACACGCAGGACAGCAGGCACCUGGUGCUGCAGCUCAACCUACAGCUCUCCUACAAUGACUGGGUCCGCAUAUACGACGGCACAGCCACCGACUUCCGCCGGCUGCUGGGCGAGGCCAACUUCCGUAACAACCGAAGGCCCGUUACCGUGGAGACAUCUGGUGGACAGAUGACCGUCUCCUACCAUGCCGAGCCGGGCAGUGUGGGGCACGGCUUUAACGCCACCUACCAGGUGAAGGGAUACUGCCUACCGCAAGAGCAUCCGUGCGGGCAGGACGGAGGGUGUUAUGCCGAUGACCAGCGCUGCGACGGCUGGUGGCAGUGCCCCAAUGGGAAGGAUGAGGAGGGCUGUGGGCGCUGUGGGCAGGGAGAGUACCCCUGUGACAGCACCAGCAGCAUGUGCUACCCUCCCAGCGGCCGCUGCAACAACCGUAAGAACUGCCCCACUGGCACCGACGAAUACAACUGCUUCACCUGUCAGCCUGGCAAUUUCCACUGCGGCAGCCAGACCUGCGUUUUUGAAGAGUGGCGCUGUGACGGUCAGGAGGACUGCCCGGACGGCAGCGAUGAGCAGAACUGCCUGGUGGUGGUACCCCGGAAGGUGAUCACCGCUGCCCUGAUCGGUAGCCUGGUGUGUGGGCUGCUGCUGGUCAUUGCCCUGGGCUGUGCCUUCAAACUCUAUUCCCUACGUAGCCGCGAGUACAGGGCCUUUGACACCCCAAUGACCCGUCUGGAGGCAGACAUAGUGCAGCGAGAGGCCCCUCCCUCCUAUGGUCAGCUGAUUGCCCAGGGACUUAUUCCCCCUGUGGAUGACUUUCCCAUCUAUAACCCCUCUCAGGUGUCGGUCCUGCAGAAUAUCCGCACGGCCGUGCGGCGUCAGAUCCGGCGACACUCCAUGCGCAGGGGGGCAGCCGGGGGGAGGCUCGCCCGGCUCUGGAACCGGCUCUUCCGGAGACCGAGGGGUUGGGGUCUCAUUCCUCUACUGACGCCCACCUCUAGCACCCCGUCCAGUGGGGAAUUGGUGCCCAGCGGCCAGAGGGGAGCUGGAACGGAGCCCGACUCAGACACAAACACAGAGACCCGUCGGCAAGUGGGCGAGGCAAGAGGGGCUGGGGGCAUUGGCUCAUCCACGGGGACGCGGCACACGGUGCCAAAGUCUGCCUCGCCCCCCAGUCUGGGAGGCCGGCCAGAGUGCCAGACUGCGCAGCCAAGGCCCUCCAGUUCCGAGGAGGUAUCAAGUGCUGACCUCCAGUCCUCUCUGGAGCAGGGUGCAGAGCGCCAUGGCCCUGACCCGGGGCCGGGCACCAGUAACCAGUGUCCCACUGCCUGUGCCCAUCUGGUCCGCCCCGGCCGCGCCAGGGUCAUGAGCCUGGGCUCAGUGCGCCUGACCGUCUACGAGGUUUGUUACACCCCCCCACCGCACUGUCAGUGUGAUCCCAGUAUGGGCCCUGCUCCAUCCGUACACAGGAGCCCGGACUGUCCAGCGGAGAGACCCCCCUCCUUCUCCACAGCCCAUCACAAACCCUCCUCGCAACCCCCACAGGCAGAGCCUUCCCUCCAGAACCCUUUACGGCCACCAAACCCUCCGGGCCAGGACCACUGAGGAAGCCCUUCUCCCAUCUCCGUGGUCGCUGGGUAGACGGUGAACUUGUCCAGAGUUUUUAAUGUUGCAGUAUUUUUAAAAAACUUAUUUAAUUCUCCAAGCGAACAAGAAAAAGUGUAACCACAGGUCUGUAUAGCUGUUGUAAUCAGCAGUGUGGUGAAAGGGUGUGAAGUGCAGUCGUGGACAAACUUUGUCCAAAAACAAUUCCAUUUCCAGUC